AUGACCGACUCUGAAUCAAUAUAUAUACCAAUACCUCAUUUCCCACCUUUCAAAUUAAGGUCUUCUAUGAUCGAUAAAGAUCCAGUGAUUUGGGCUCAUUUAUUACAAGCAUAUAAUCAAUUGAUGCAAUUUUUACUUGAUUCAAAUUCACCAAAAUUAAAUGUUAAAUCACAACAACAAUUACAAUUAUUUUUAAAAAUAUAUUUACAAGAAACAAGUGAAGAAAAUGAUAAGGUAUUUUCUUUAGGUGCUAUAAAUCCAGAUAUUACUAAAAACACAGAAAUUUUAAGAUCAUUAGUAUUUCAAGUAAUUAAAAAUUAUAGUUUUGUUAAAUUAAAUAUAACAGGAGAAAUGAUUUGGAAUUUUAUUAAAAUAUAUUGUUUUAAAAAUAUUCAAACUAUUAGAGGUUUAAUUGAUGGAAAUUAUAAAUCAAAAUUUAAUGAUAAUAAAAAAUCAGGUCAAAUUUCUUCAAUUUCUAUAUUACAAAAAUAUUUAGAACAAUUAAUUAUAAAUGGUAAAUUUAGUGAUUAUGAUUUAACUUGUUUAACAAUUUUAUUAGGACAACAUACAACUAAGACUACAACUUUUUCAAUGGGAUCAAAUAAAAGUGUAAGUAAAAGUUCAAAUAAUAGUUUAUCAUUUGCUGAAAAUUUUGUUUCUAGUGAAUGGAUUGAAUUGUUGGAGAAUUUGUAUGCUGGUGGGAGAAGUGUUAAUGCAAAUGCCAUAAAGAAUGUGAUGGUGUUGUCAUUGUUAUCUUUGUCUACUUCAAAAUUAGCAAAAUUAGCUCACGAUUUAGGUGUUUCUUCUGUUGAUACUUUGACUGUAGCUCCAUUGUUUAGCUCAAUUAUCAUAUCAGAAUCUUUUAAAGAACUAAUUCCAAAACUAGAGGAAAAAUUACAAUUUUUAAGACUCAUUGGAGGUGCAAUAAUUGACGAAGAGGACGAAUUUGAGCAAAAUAUAGAAGGUAUAUCAAUGCUUGUUGAUUUGUUUCCUGACAUGACAGAAAGAAAGGCAAAAAUAAUAUUAAAACAACACAAUGGGGAUGUUGAACACGUUACAAACUUGCUCCUUGAAAACCCUGAUUUAAUAAACUCCGUAACUGAAACUCCAAAACAAGUCGAACCAAAGCCUAACAUUAAAGUUGCAGCACCUACACCAAAAAGGUCAAUAUAUGAUGACGAUGAUAUAUCAAAAGGUGAUUUUUCCAAAUCGAAAGUAACAUUUGGUAAAAAGCAAAGAGAAUCAUUAGGAUCAACAGAUGAAGAUUUGAAAAAGAAAACUUUAAAUGCAGCAUUAAGACUAAUGUAUGAAAGUGAUGAAGAUGAACCUGAUGAUACUUAUGAAGAUCAAGAAAAAACAACUGGUCUGGCUUUAGAAGAAGAUAGUAAAAACAGACAUAGUAAUAAGAUGGCAGUAUUAACUGAUGAUAAGAAACCAGCUUUUGUUGACGUUGAUCCAAAAGAAAGGUAUCUUUUUUCAAUAUUUAAAAAGGAUGGAGCUGAAGCGUUUAGUAAAUUUAAAAGAAAAUCAUCAGAUAGAUCAAAAUUGAGAAAAGAAACAGAUUGGUCAGAUGAACAAAUUGAAGGUUGGUCAAGAAUGUUAUUAAAAUCUCCUCGAAGGUUCAAAAUUCUAGAAGAAGAUUAUUUAUAUGGUGGUGGUAAUCCUAAUAAGAGAAUUCAGAAUAAAAACUCCGCUAAAAACAUAGAUGAAAUUGAAACCAAAUCAUCUUCACCUGUAAUCAAACAACAAAAUACUCCACCCACAAAAGAUCAAUUAAAGCAUAAACAAGCAAGAAAUGAAAAGAAUAAAGCAAGUAAAGCUAAUCAUAAUAGAAAAUCUAAGCAUGAUAAGAAAUCAAAUCUGGCUUUAGUUGGAAUGCAAUCAUCAUCUUGA